AUGUGGAACUGCUGCUUGAGAAACAACUUAGUUGCAGCACAAGAUGAGAAUGAAGAGGGCAAGAAAGUUGAGAAGAUGAAGACAUUUUCAUGUGGCAUGAAGAAGAGGGUAAGGUUCAAAAUAGAAGAUGGUGGUAGUAGAAGUGGCCUUGUGAGGAUUAGGUUGGUGGGGACUAAGGGAGAUUUGAAAAGGUUGUUGAGAAAUAAGAACGAGAAUGAAUCUCAGCAUACUUCAUUGGAACAGUUGCUGAGAGAUAUGAUGUUGAGGGAAAAAAGGGUAUCUGGAAUUGAAAAAUAUUGUGGGAGCAUAAAUUCAUGGAAACCAGUUUUAGAAAGCAUUCCAGAGGAUCGAUCGAUGAUGUAG